UGAGCGGUGGAGUGUUUGGAGGCGGAGAGUCGGUCGGCUCGCUGUGGAGCGGAGUCGGGCAGCAGGAGGAGCCGACGCCGACAGAAAAGAGCGAUUCAAAGAAAGACAUGAACGUCGCUCAAAUGCACAAAAUUGCGCUUUGAGUUGCGCCGAGAGAAGCAGGUGGAAAAGGUUCCCGUGGAGCCGUGGACGCGGACGGUGCUGACUACGGACACGGCGGAAGAAAAAAAUACAACAACAAAAAACAGCGACACAGAAAAUAACAGCAAAGGGAAUCGGCAAGAGGAAAGGAGCCAGGCUUAGUAUGUUAUUGGAGAAAGUGACUGUGCACUGGCAGCCUCCUCCAUGUUAAUGUAAUGGAAACACGCUUUUGGUCUGUAGUGUCUGAAAUGCAUCAGCGGAAAUAUAUCAGUAACUCCCAUGGCUAAUUGUAUCGAGUGGUGGCGGCGCGAGUUUGCCAGUGGAUGCACUCAAGAGCCGGGUGCCCUGCCAUGCCCAGCGCCAUGCUAAGGCAACACACUCAUAAUAACAAGGAGCGCUCAGUUCAACCAGUGGGAAAGCUGUGGAAAAAGUUGGUGGAAAAUCUAUGGUUUGAGCCUCGAUUUUGAUUUCCUUUUUUUUAUUUUGACCUAGAUAUUCUGUAACGCACCACAGCUCAGCUGCCAUCUGCAGCAGCUCUGCUUUUUUCCCUCUUACUUUCACUCCUUCACUCCGGCUUCUUCUUGACACCAGCGCCAAGGACGGCUGAACUGCUUUCCGAGAGGUACAUUUGCCAGCUAAAGAAAUGGAUGUUCGACUUCACAGCCAGCCUUGGUCGGAGUUGAAAAUGUGAGGGGCAGAAUGAGGGGAGCCCUAUGAAGCGGAGGAAUAGGUGGAACAGCAGCACGAGAUCAAAAUGGCCCAAACCAGUUUGCUGCAGGGGAAGCGCUUUUACUGCCGGGAGUGGGUCUUCCACAAGAUCCAGCAUUGCCUCCAGGAGAAAACCAACAACCUCAGCGGAGUGGCCAGCACUCCCAGCAAGCAGCCCCCGCUGACGCCCGGCGGGGGGGCCUCCAACCCCGGCAUCCUCACAGCAGGAUCCGUAAAAUCGGGUAGCUCCUGGGGCGUGUUGCUGGUGGGAGGACCAGGAAGCGGGAAAACUGCGCUGUGCACGGAGCUCUUGUGGCCCACGUCUGCCCAGGGCACCCACCGCGGUCUGCACCAGCAGAGCCUGGCUUUCCACUUCUGCCGGGCGGACGACUCGGACACGCUGUGUGUCGGCGGCUUCAUCCGAGGUCUGGUGGCUCAGAUUUGCCGCAGCGGGUUGGUGGCGGGAUACGAGGAGAAGGUGCGUGACCCAGCUGUGCAGAGCGCUCUGCAGCCUGGAGAGUGUGAGAGGAACCCCACAGAGGCUUUCAAGAGAUGCAUCCUGUUGCCUCUUCAGGGUGUGAAGCCUCCUCAGCAGGCGCUCUUCCUGCUUGUGGACUCCAUCGAUGAGGGCUGUCAGCUGGGCGAGGGGGAGCAGAGGUCGUCCCCCGGCUCCCCCAGAACCAUCGCUGAGCUUCUGGCCAGCCAUCAUGAGUUCCUGCCCCCCUGGCUGCUGCUCAUCUGCUCUGCACGUCGACAGAACAAGGCCAUCACCAAACUCUUCACAGGAUUCCGCAAAAUCAGCCUUGAUGAUCUGCGCAAGGCCUAUAUCGUCAAAGAUGUGCAACAAUACAUCCUUCACCGGCUGGAUCAAGAGGAGGCUCUGAGGCAGCACCUGACCAAGGAGACGGCUGAGAUGCUCAACCAACUCCACAUUAAAAGCAGUGGUUGUUUCCUGUACCUGGAGCGUGUGCUGGAUGGUGUGGUGGAGAACUUCAUCAUGCUUCGCGAGAUCCGUGACAUCCCCGGCACUCUCAAUGGCCUCUACCUGUGGCUCUGCCAGAGACUAUUUGUCAGGAAACAAUUUGCCAAAGUCCAACCAAUUCUUAACGUAAUCCUGGCAACUUGCAGGCCACUCACGGUCAAGGAACUGUACCAUGCAGUCUGGACCAAAAACAUGACACUGACUAUGGAAGAGUUUCAGAAAAAGAUGGACAUUCUCUCCAAGUUGUUGGUUGAUGGCCUUGGGAGUACUAAAAUCCUUUUUCACUACAGUUUUGCAGAGUGGCUACUGGAUGUUAAGCACUGCACCCAGAAAUACUUGUGUAAUGCAGCAGAAGGACAUCGAAUGUUGGCGAUGAGUUACACAUGCCGGGCAAAGCAGCUCAAACCACUCGAAGUGCAGGAAUUUGCACUGCACCUUGUCAAUUCCAAUCUUCAGAUUGAGCCAUUUAAUCUGGCUCUUUGGAUGGUUUGGAAUGGAACCCCUGCUAAAGACUCCCUGAGCACCUCCAUACCAAGAGAACAGGAGGUUCUGCAGCUUCUAGUCAAAGCAGGGGCUCAUGUUAACAACGAGGAUGAUCAUGCUUCAUGUAUUGUACAACAGGCCCUUGAAAGAGAGGACUCAAUACGGACAUUACUGGACAAUGGAGCAUCUGUGAACCAGUGUGACUCCAGCGGAAGAACUCUGUUGGGCAAUGCUGCAUACAGUGGAAACCUUGAUGUAGUUAACCUGCUCAUAUCAAGAGGGGCAAACAUGGAGCUAGAAGACAACCAUGGACAAACGGCACUUACUCUUGCUGCGAGGCAGGGCCAUACCAAAGUGGUCAACUGCCUAAUUGGCUGUGAGGCCAACAUAAACCACACAGAUCAUGAUGGAUGGACUGCCCUGCGCUCAGCAGCUUGGGGCGGACAUUCAGAAGUUGUGUCUGCUCUGCUUUAUGCUGGUGCCAAAGUGGACUGUGCUGAUGCUGAUGGUAGAACUGCUUUGAGAGCUGCUGCUUGGGGAGGCCAUGAAGACAUUGUGUUGAACCUUCUUCAGCAUGGGGCUGAGGUCAACAAAGCAGACAAUGAAGGAAGAACCGCUCUCAUUGCUGCAGCAUACAUGGGACACAGAGAGAUUGUUGAGCACCUACUGGACCAUGGAGCUGAAGUCAAUCAUGAAGAUGUUGAUGGGAGGACUGCCCUCUCAGUCGCUGCUCUCUGUGUCCCCGCUAGUAAGGGCCAUGCAUCAGUUGUGAGUCUGUUGAUCGACAGGGGAGCAGAGGUUGACCACUGUGACAAAGACUGCAUGACUCCUCUUCUGGUGGCUGGCUAUGAAGGACAUGUAGAUGUUGUUGAUCUACUUUUGGAAGGUGGAGCCGAUGUGGAUCACACUGACAACAAUGGUCGCACCCCUCUCCUGGCUGCUGCAUCAAUGGGCCAUGCAUCUGUUGUCAACACAUUACUUUUCUGGGGAGCAGCUGUUGAUAGCAUUGACAGCGAGGGAAGGACUGUGCUGAGCAUUGCAUCUGCUCAGGGUAAUGUGGAGGUGGUCAGAACUCUGCUGGACAGAGGUCUGGAUGAGAAUCACAGAGAUGAUGCAGGCUGGACCCCGCUACACAUGGCUUCAUUUGAGGGCCACCGCCAAGUGUGCGAUGCUCUUAUUGAACAGGGUGCUCGCUGCACAGAGGUAGACAAUGAUGGUAGAAUACCGCUGAUAUUAGCUGCACAAGAGGGACACUAUGACUGUGUGCAAAUUCUUCUGGAAAACAAGUCUUGUAUUGAUCAGAGGGGAUAUGAUGGAAGGAAUGCUCUCAGGGUAGCUGCACUAGAAGGUCACAGGGACAUUGUUGAACUGCUGCUGAGCCACGGUGCUGAUAUAGACUACAAAGAUGCAGAUGGACGCCCAACCCUCUAUAUAUUGGCACUUGAAAAUCAGCUGGCCAUGACAGAGUAUUUCCUUGAAAACGGUGCAAAUGUGGAAGCUUGUGACACUGAGGGCAGAACAGCCCUUCAUGUAUCCUGCUGGCAAGGGCAUGUUGAAAUGGUCAGGCUGCUUAUUAACUAUCAUGCUGAUGUGAACGCCUGUGACAAUGAGAAGCGAUCUGCCCUCCAGUCUGCUGCGUGGCAAGGCCAUACAAAAGUUGUGCAGUUUUUGAUAGAGAAUGGCACACAUGUGGAUCAUACAUGCAACCAGGGAGCAACAGCACUAGGCAUCGCUGCCCAGGAGGGUCACAUUGAUGUUGUGCAAAUACUUCUUGAAAAUGGCGCUGACCCCAACCACGCUGAUCAGUUUGGACGAACGGCAAUGAGAGUGGCAGCAAAAGGCGGUCAUUCAAUGAUCAUAAAACUUCUGGAAAAAUACGGAGCCACAACUCUAAAUGGCUGCAACCCCUCCCCAGUACAUACCAUGGAGGAAAAAACACCGUUGGCAGUGACAGGAAAAAUGCAGUCCCUCACCAUCAAAUCGAGUAGUUCUGGCAGCACUGGGGCAGGAGAUAUGCAGUCGUCUGGACGUGGUCUACCCAAUGGGCCUGUCCAUGCUUUCAGUUCACCAUCGGAGUCUCCUGAUUCCACUGUAGAUCGACAGAAAUCCUCCUUGUCAAAUAAUUCUCUCAAAAGUUCAAAGAAUUCCUCCUUGAGGACCACAUCCUCCACAGCCACUGCGCAAACUGUGCCAAUUGACAGUUUUCAUGGACUGACAUUUACAGAGCAGAUUCAGCAGCACUCACUGCCUCGCAGUCGGAGCAGACAGUCAAUUGUGUCCCCUUCUUCUACAACAAAGUCCAUUGGUCAGCAGCCAUCAUCUCCAUCCAAUGACUUUGACUGGUCUCAGUUAAAACCUAGUCUGAAGUCAACAAAGGGAACCAAGACCGGAAAUGGGACCUCAAACAGCAAAGGGGCACUGGGAGACAAAAAGAAAACCAAGAACAGUGGAUCGACCCAAGGUCAGGUUCUGGAGUAUGAAAUGACCCAGUUUGACAAGAGAAUCGCCCUCAACAAAUCAGUCGCUAACAUUGCGGUAAAGGAUCCCCAUUGUAAAAUCAUGAUUGGUGGUUCAAUUCAGCAGGAAAGAGGGCAAUGCCAAGAUCAGUUCUAUAUCCAGCAGCAGGGCUGCUCUGAGAAGAAGAGGAAUGGAAUCAUGACCAAUCCCAACUAUCAUCUACAGGGUAAUCAGGUUUUCUUGAGUAGGGUAUCAGUUCCUCGGACUGUGCAGAACAGGGGCCACCAGGAUGUUCUAGAGAACUAUCCCAUUGGGGAAACAGAGCUAAGCCUUAAACAAGCCCUAAAACUGCAGAUUGAAGGAUCGGACCCUGGGUUUAACUACAAAAAGGAGACUCCAUUAUAGCUGAUGUCUUGAAUGCCAUUCGUCAUGCAGACGUUGGAGGGAUUGUGCCAAAGCAACUGUUUUCAUCUACAUAAAAAGUGAUUUUCUUUUUCAUCAGUGGGAGACCUCAAAACAAUACCUAGGGAAGAUUGUUGAUUGCUGCCUGAGGCUUUUGUGAACUGAUACUUCGAUGUGCCUACAUCUGUUACAGCCUUCUUCAUGUACUCAUGCAAACUAUCAUUUUUAAUUUAAUGUAAUGCUAUUUAAUAAACAGUGUAUGCACUUUUAAAAGAGUAAAAUGACAGACAUGCAUUUGUUCUAUUCACUUUGUGUCCCAUCCAUGUUUUAUCAGAGUAAGUGUUUGAGAGAAACAUACCAAUGCUUUUUUUAAUUAUUUUAUAUUAUGUUUGUUCUGUUUACUUUUUCACACUGACAGCGAUGUACCGCUGGGUACAUUGUCACAAACCAGAGGACAUAACAGUAACGGAUGCCAUGGUAUGAAUUCAAGCGCAUUGAUAGUCUGCCUUUCUAGAGACCCCAAAUAAUCUGUGUUAACUUUGAUCAAUGUGCUAAACCUAUGUUGUGUGUAAUAUGUUAAUAGCUAUGGCAAUUUACUUCACAAGUAUAUACAAGCGUAUUUAUUUUUGGAAAAAAGCCACUUUCGUUGCAUUUUGUGUUACAUUACCAUGGUGCUGUGUUCAGAAGUUGCCUGCAGUUAUUUUGGACUCCCAGUUUUGUUGGCUUCGUGCGUUUGUGUAUUACUAUGGAUAUGUAAGAACGAGGGAGGAUCAUUGAAAAUGUAAAAAAAAAAAAAAAAAACAAGUCCAUUUUGUCCCUAUGGGAUUUUUCAGUUCUUGUGUUGUGUGUUAUGUUUUUGUGUGUGCAUAAAGAAUAUUUAAAUAACCCAUUGUGUACCGUCAGCAAAGGUUUGGUGCUAAACGCAGCGAUUUCAAGUGAAAGCAGUGAUUUAAAAAUUAAUGCAUUUGUCCGCAGAGUUACGUGUAUAACCUACUGCAGUGCAAGAAACUAAAUCAAGCUUUUGUUUUCUUAUCGUCAUGUGGUUAAUUUUCAGUAAUUCCUGCUGGAUUUUUCAGGGGCAUGACACAAGAAGGCUCAAAAAGGGUUCAGCCAUUAAGAGAACUCCUAGCUGUUGGCUAGCUGAUAUUGCAGAGCUGUAAAUCCAAAGUUGCAACAACACACUCUGUCCCGCCUCCUCCCUGUGAGAAGCUGAGUCUCAGUUCAGCGGGACUUAACCCUGAGGGAGAUGGAGGGGAAGGAGGUGCUCAGCUGUGACACUGAGGGAACUGAAACAUCUGUUUCUCAUGAACUGCGCAGAGCUGCGUUAGCGUUUACAGGCUGUGUUCAUAUUUUUGCAGGCUUUUCAUAAUGUUAACAGUGAGCUAUUUUUCGCCAAGAACUGGGAUUGGGGGGAGUAGAAGCCUAUCGCAUGCACAAACACUUAUAAGCCCUAGUGAAAGCUCUCAGCUCUAAAGUACUACAGUAGCUCAAAUGUAUGCCAUGAAGGGUCAACAGAAGGAUUCAAGGCAGGAUCGGGUCUAGAAACAGUGUUGGAAAACAUACUGUAUAGUCUUACUAAGCAGUUAUCUUGUUUGUCUUGACUGUGUUUUGUCUGUCAUCUUUGAUUUGACUGUCAGUGAUUGGUUUGUAAAUAGCUUCCCAUGUACAUUCAACUUUCAUUUAAAAAGAAUUCCUGUAUUAUAUGAAGUGGAAUUUUCUGAUGUAUAUUAAAGUGCUUAAUAAACAUAUUUGCUUUACUGCUGAAAAGGAAA